AUGGUGGAGUACGUGCAUUUGCAGUUCCAGCAGACUCUGCGUGGCCGUCCACUCCCUAACAGCCAAACGGAACUCGAACCCGCAGUGAAAGCAAUUCUGACCGCCGUCCACUGUGCGGCUCUGCAAGUUGGCGAGGAACUAAAAUCUUUCACCUCUGACACCAUCAGCAAGUAUGACCUCGGUAUUAAACUAAAAGCGGCUAUAGCAGAGGUCGAUAAAAUUAAGCAGCAAAUUGACAGCAAGAAGGCGUCAGAGUACAACAAUGGCAGUAAGAUUAAAUCACUUGAUAGAUAUUUAGUUAAUGAAAGUGGCGAUGAGUCAAUUCGCAAGGGUAUUGGAGAUAUUAAGACAGAUGUUCUUGAUAAGCUUGAUAAGCUGCAGAAUGUGAAAGACGAGACAAAUAGCAUUGAAAGUAGGAAGACUAAGGCCGAUGAGCUUAUGAACAGUUUGAAAAAUGAAAUUCAAAACAAGCUUAUCGAGUUCGAAUUAAAUCUCACUUCUGCAGACGAUGCGUUGACCAAGACCAUUGAUUCUGUCUAUAGCGCUGCGGUUAAGGCUGAAGAGGAUAUCAAGCUCACCGUACAACAACUCAACAAAACGCUUCUCGAAACCACCGAAUACGCCUUCAAAAGGGUGACUGAUGAAGUCCAGAAGCUUUUUGCCGAAGGACACAAAUCCCACCUGACUGCCUUGAUAUCGUUGGUUGACACCAAAAUUCCCAAAGUGAAAACGAUAAUCGACGACGAUUUGAACACCGGCCUCAAAGGCCUCCUCAAGACUCUGAAAGAAAAUCAUGAGAGGCUGCAAGACAUGGCAACGAAACAUAAAUUUGAAAAUCGCGCAUCCAUUUUUAGAGCCUAUUUGGAGCCUAUUUUCAAUUUCACUCUUUUCGACCUCCCCAAACAUCUCCCCAACUCCCAAUACUCCCCCCAACUCCAGUCCAUCCACUCCGCUCUGACCACCCUCCUCUCCCACCUGUCCGAGCAAAAACACUUCACCCACCAGGUCCCCGGAAUGCUCGCGGAACUCAAGACAUCCGUCCAAGCACUCCACUCCACAAACUUCGCCAAUCCCGCGUACCCCGUGCUCGACGCUUUCCCCAAGAGCCUGGUGCGCUUCGUCGAGCAGCUGCAGAGGGGGUACGUGAAUAGGUAUGAGGGGUCUAAGCCGAUUACGUGGCAGGAGCAUUUUUCGAAUAAUCCAACGGAGGAGAGUAAAAUGACUGCUAAAAUUUUUCUCAGCGUGUUUUCCAUCCUGAACACAAAUUUGAGUGAGUUGAGAAAGAGGUGCAAGGUGGAUUGGAGAGGUGAUCAAAUUAAUGAAUUCACGGAGCUUGGGACAUUCUUCUCCGAUAAUGGUUUCGUAGUGUCCGACAAUAAUAAACAGAACGGCGAGUUGCAAAACAAAGAAGGGAUGAACGGAACAAAAGUCGUCGGAUGCCUUGUCGGUGAUUAUCCUCGUGUUUUCCCUUCUGUUGAAAACACUAGGCAUGCGAUUAAUACGAUUGUCGACUCUCUCCUGCCUACUACCAAGUCGGUCACAUCUCCACAUUCUCCGCUAAUAAGCUACCAUGUUCAGUCUACGAAAUGCUCGCAUGGUGCUCCGGUUUACGCCAUAACGGUGCGUACGAUGCGCUUAAGCAGCACAUAA